AUGGACGAAUCAUCAUCCUCCACUAGACAUGUUCUCCUGUUUGGCGACUAUUCAGUGGAGAAACUCCCCGCCAUCAAGGCUCUGGCCCAACAUGCCAGGACAGUACCCGCCGCCGAGAGAUUUCUUCGCGAGAUCACCGAUGUGAUCCAACUGGAGUUUAGCAGAGCCGACAGAGCCGUUCAUGGCUGGGACAAGGGACUCGGGUCUCUGCUGGAGAUGGCAGAGGCCGUGGACAACCCAGGCGGCAACAACCUCGCCGUUUCUACCGUGCUGCUAUGUGCUGGAAGGCUGGACCCAACCAUUCUCGGUUCGCCUACCAGCCCCGUCGACAUCAUCGGUUUCUGUGGCGGCCUUCUCCCUGCUGCCGUGGCCCUGGCGGCCCAAGACACAAGCCAGCUUUUUGCACUGGGCCGCGAAAUCGUCUCGAUAAGCUUCAGGCUGGCUUGUGAGGUCGCCCAGAGAAAGAGGCUGAUUGAUGAUACGCCAACAAGCUGGGGAAAGACAUACGUCGGCCUCCCGAAGGACCAAGUCCAAGACAUCCUCGACAAGUUUCACGAGAGUCAGAACAUCCCGAGAUUCCGUAGGAUCACCAUCGGGGUCAUUGCACAGGGUUGGUUGACGUUGAUUGGGCCGCCGUCGUCGAUGGACCAGUUGACAUCCUGGUCCCCGGUAAUCCAGGCUGCUGCGGGUAUCAAGACAGAUGUGGAUGGCCCGAUGCACAGCUGCUGGUCACCCAAGGUGGAUGCGGCUGGGAUUGUAGGGAACUCGACACUCCUCCAACAGCCCCUGAAUCCGGCCAAGGCCCGGAUGCUAUCACCUGCCGGCUCCUGUGCGAGGUACGACCACUCGACCCUUGCUUCGCUCCUCGAAGAGAUCGUCGACGACGUUGCCCACAAGCCGCUUCACAUUACCGACACAAUAAAGGAGACCGUGGUUGGCUUGCGCGGUAGCGAGCAUGUUACGCUCUCCGUCAUGGGCCCAACAAAUCACCAGGCUGCUGCUACACAGGCACUGAAAUCUUCGGGAAUCAAGUACAAGGUUAAGCAGACCGGCAGAGAGACGUCCGCGGCCAGUAACACAAACCGCGGCGGGUCAGGUCUCGUCGCCAUCGUAGGUAUGGCCGGCCGAUUUCCCGGCAGCGACACCAUCGAAGGAUUCUGGGAAGACCUCCUGGACGGGAAAUGCCACAUCAAAGAGAUACCCCCCACCCGCUUCGCCAUCUCCGCCCACUUCGACCCAACCGCCACCAAACCCAACUCCACCACCGCGCGCCACGGCGCCUUCCUCGCCACCCCCGGCCAUUUCGACCACCGCCUCUUCAACCUCUCCCCGCGCGAAGCCGCCCAAGCCGACCCGGGCCACCGCCUCUUACUCACCACCUCCUACGAAGCCCUCCAGUCCGCCGGCUAUUACCACCCCACCGCCGCAGGCCCACCCACCAGCAACGCCCGCGUCGCCACCUACUUCGGCCAGGCCGCCGACGAGUGGCGCGAGGUGCUCAACCAGCGCGGCGCCGACAUCUACUACGUGCCCGGUUUCAGCCGGGCCUUCGCCCCCUCCCGCAUCAACCACCACUUCGGCUUCGGCGGCGGGUCGUACGCGCUCGAUGCGGCGUGCGCGACCAGCGCGGCGGCGGUCGCCAUGGCGGCUGCGGGGUUGGUGAGUAGGGAGUGUGAUAUGGCGCUGGCGGGCGGGGUGAGUGUGCUGCUAUCGCCGACGACGUAUGCUGGGUUGAGCAGGGCGGGGAUGUUAUCGACGACGGGGGGGUGUAGGGCGUUUCAUGAUGAUGCGGAUGGGUAUGCGAGGGGGGAGGGGGCCGGGGUGGUGGUGCUGAAGAGGCUGGAGGAUGCGGUGGCGGAUAAUGAUCGCGUGUUGGCCGUUGUGAGGGGUGCGGUGCGUGCGUAUGGCGUCGGGGCGUCGUCGAUGACUAGGCCGUUUGCCCCGGCCCAGGAGGUGGCGUAUGGUCGGGUGCUGAGGCAGGCGGGGGUUGAGCCCGAGGAGCUGGCGUAUGUGGAGAUGCAUGGUACCGGGACGCAGGCUGGGGAUGUGGAGGAGAUGAGCUCGGUGAUCGGGGGCCUGGUGGGUAAGAGGGGGAGGGAUAACCCGUUGACUGUUGGUGCUGUCAAGGCGGCGGUUGGGCAUGGUGAGGGGGCUGCCGGCAUCACUUCCCUCAUCAAAGUGAUCAUGAUGCUACGCGACCACCAGAUCCCUCCGCAGCCCGGGUGGCCGUUCAAGCUGAACCACAAAUUCCCCGACCUGGCCAAGUCUAACAUCAGUAUCCCUACCAAACCCACCGCGCUUGUCCCGAGCCCGAAGAGUGGCGGGAAGGUCAAACUUAUUGUGAACAGUUUUGAUGCCUCGGGCGGUAAUGUCUCGAUUGCUCUCGAAGAAGCGCCCAAGCCAAGCGCCAAAACAACCGACGGCCGGGCCUGGCACGUCGUGGCAGUGUCUGCCCGCACGCCGAUCUCGCUGCGUCAGAACUGUGAAAGGCUGCUCGAUUUCCUCGAGCGGCACCCGGAGACCAAGCUCGCAGACCUCGCCUACACGACGACGGCUAGGCGGAUGCACGAGCAGCUCCGGCGUGCUUAUGUUGGGGACACCGUCUCUUCCAUCAUCCGUCAACUGCGCAGCGAUGUGAACAAGCCGGCCGAUGCGUCGCAAACGAAGAAGCCCCGGGUGCCUAGCCGUGUCUUCGUCUUCACCGGCCAGGGCUCCCAAUACGCCGGCAUGGGUGCUGUUCUAUUCCGCACUUCACGACAGUUCCGAGCUACUCUCCUGUCGUAUCAAGACAUGGCCAGUUCCGUGGGGCUGCCACGCUUUGUCGAUUUGAUCUCGGGCGAAGAAGACGUGGCCGGGCAGUCGACGGUCAAGAUCCAACUAGCCAUCGUGGCCUUGGAAAUUGCCAUGGCAAGCCUGAUGGAAUCCUGGGGCAUCACACCCGACGUCGUCAUCGGGCACAGCCUGGGGGAGUACGCAGCGCUUUGCAUUGCGGGCGUUCUGUCGAUCAGUGAUGCCCUAUUGCUCGUCGGCGAGCGUGCGGGUCUAAUGGAGAAACACCUGGUCGCGGAAGCGUACGCCAUGCUCGCCGUUAGCACUACCGAGGAGGCACUUGCUCACAUGAUCGACAAACUCGGGCUGAGUUCCUGCUCGGUUGCCUGUGCCAAUGCGCCGUCUUUGACGGUGGCUAGUGGCCCCGUAGCGGACAUAGACGCGCUGAAGAUUGCCCUCGAGACGGAUGGCCAGCGAGCCACCCUGCUACGAGUGCCUUACGGUUUUCAUUCGAGUCAGGUUGAGCCUGUUCUGGACGAAUAUCUGCGGGUUGCUCGAGGGGUGCCUUUCGCCAAACCCAGCAUUCCCGUCGUAUCGACGCUGACCGGCCGAGUUGAACGUGAUGCUACCUCUUUCUCUCCUGAGUAUCUGGUCCGACAAGCACGAGACAAGGUUAACUUUACCGGAGCCAUUGAAGCUGGCGCUGAGGCCGAUCUCUUCGGUGAGCAGUCGCUGUGGUUGGAGAUGGGACCUGACCCUGUUUGCCUUGGGCUUGUCCGCCGCUGUCUCGAAAAGCCAACCAGCUUGAUGCCGUCCUUGAAGCAAGGCAAAGAUAACUGGGCCACGGUUGCUGACCUCCUGAAACGGGCGUACGAGGCUGGCAUCGACGUCGACUGGCCUGAGUUUCACAAACCCUUCACAAGCUCACUGACGUUCAUUGACUUACCAACUUACGCAUUCGACUCGAGGGACUUCUGGACACCCUAUAUGACAGAAAGCCCUUCUGCAGCACCAGCAAUGGCCAACAGCACUCCUGGCUUCCCAACAACUAGCCUCCAACGUGUCGAGAGCGAGAGGACUGAGGGAACUGCCAAGAUCGUGACUUUCACUUCGACUCUCUCUGAUGAACGUCUGCUCGAGGCCAUCAGGGGCCAUGUGGUGGGCGGAUUCGAGGUCUGCCCCCUGGCCGUCUACCAGGAUAUUGCUCUCACCACGGGAAAAUAUCUCUACCACAGCACCCAUGGCAACGCUUCCACACUUCCAACCAUGUCCAUCAGACAGGUUGAACUCGACCAAGGCCUGAUAACCGACCCUGAAACCGUUGCAAGCACCAUACUGUCCGUUACAGGGUCUUAUAAGGUGGCCGAUGCCGCCGUCGGCAUCGAAUUCACCUCCAAGCGCCCUGGCCAGCUCAAGCAGCACGGAAAGUGCCAAGUCGCCUUUGAUACAACCGCCUCCUGGCAGCCAAGCCUACCACAGACGCUCUACCUCGUCAAGUCGAGGAUCGAAUUACUCCGGAAGCAAGCCGAAUUUGGCAACGCGCGUCAUCUUCUCAAGCAGGAGGUCUACGAACUCUUCUCUGGCGUGGUAUCAUACGCAGCUCCGUACCAAGCUAUCCAGGAUGUCAUCCUGGGAGCUGAUUACGCCGACGCUGUCGGUACCGUCCGCCUCGCUGAUGUGUCCACGAAGGGUACCUUUCAUUUCAGCCCCUACUGGCUCGACGCCGUCACCCAUCUCGCUGGUUUUGUCCUCAACUGCGGCCUUCGGUAUCCAGAAGAUAUUGCUUGCCUCGCUGUUGGAUUUGACGACUGGCAUUCGCUCAGAGAACCCCGAGCCGGGGAGACAUACACGGUCUAUACCUGCCUCCAAGACGUUGCCGACGGGGGCCACGUAGUGCGUGGUGACUGUUAUGUCUUCGCUGGUGCCGACCUGGUGCAGGCCACUCUUGGCAUCAAGUUCUUGCGUCUGAAGAAGGUCGCCUUGAAUAUGAUUCUAGGCGGUGGCCGAGCGAGCGUGACAGGCCGCAGCGAGGCACUACAGACCAAGUCUUCCACUUCGGACAUGGACAUCACCACUGAAAGAAUGUUGCCGACGAAAGCCGCCGAGUCGGGCAACACCCCUGACAACAUGAUCAAAGCCCUACUCGCCAUCAUCAUCAGCGAGAGCGGUUGCAGCGCCGAGGAAGUCAGCGACGAGAGCCACUACUCCGACCUCGGUGUCGACUCGGUCAUGGCCAUCAACAUCCUGGCCCAGCUCAGCAAAGAUCUCGACCUCCACUUACCCGCAGCCUUCUUCCUCGAGAACGAAACCAUCGGCGACUCCAAGAGGUCCCUACUAGCACACCUCGGCAGCACCUCAGAAGAAGCCGACGACAACGGCCCAGAACCCACCCCUCCCCUCCCACCCUCCUCCAUCAUAUGGUCGGAACCCUCCCACUCCCACACCACCACCACCAGCCACUCCACCCCAUCCACCCCACCCGAACUAGCCUCCUGCGACGGAGCAAACACACCACCCACCCCCGACCUCACCAAAGCAAACCUCCUCCUCCCCUCCACCACCGACGGGGACAACCCGCCACAAGACCCUUCCACGACCAUCACCGCGCAAAUAACACACUACCAAGGCCCGCGCACCCCCACCACCACCCACAACCUGUUCUUCCUCCCCGACGACACCGGCUCCUCCUUCGCCUACAUCACCCUCCCACCGAUGGGCACCGACCUGGGCGUGUACGGCGUCGACCUGCCCCAUCUCGGCACCCACACCGACGCCGAUACUCACACCCACAGCGACACCGACACUCACAUCCACACCCACCACACCCAGGCCGAUUUGGAAACAGAGGCGGCAGCAGCAGCAACCGCAGCAAUACGCGCCGAGCAGCCCGCGGGGCCGUACAUGCUGGCGGGCACGGGGGUGGUGGGGGCAAGGUUGGCGUAUGAGGUGGCGAGGGGGCUGGUGGGGGUGGGGGAGCAGGUGGGGUUGUUGGUGCUGCUGGAUUGUGGUGCACCACCGGGGGAUGGGGAUGGGUUGGUGCCGUUGCCGGUGGAGGGUGGGGUGAAGGUUGCGGUGCAGGUGCUCGCCAGUGGUGGGGAGGAUGGAGCUGCUGGUGGUGGUGAUGGUGGUGAUGGUGGCGGUUGGGCACGGCUUGUUCCGGGGUUGGAGGUGUGUGAGGCGGAGGUGGAAGAGGGGAUGUUUUUGGACUUUUCGAUGAUUGAGACUGUGGGCCAGAUAUGCAAGGGCAUUGUGGAGAGAGCAAUGGUUCUGGUAGCCAUCAAAUGA